GAGCUCACUCAAUAAGCAUAUCACUUAAUCCAUAACAAAAAUUAAUAGACAGAAUAAUUACUUUCAGAAUCAUUGUAAUUGUUUUUUUCCAACUAAAAGUGUCAUGUGCUCAAACUAAACAAAGCAAAUGUGCUGUCUAACAACACACUAAUAUGUUUUUUUUAUCCACUUAUAAAAUGGGACAACUGUGUGUUUAGGUUUUCCAAGAUUGAAGCAAAGUAAAGAAUGAUGCUAAAGAUGCCCCUUCACUCUUCAAUCAUCUUUCGUGUUCUGUUUUUGGCUCUUUCUUGUCUAAGUGCUCAGACAGAAGCACAACUUAAAGUCGGGUUUUAUAGUGAAUCAUGUGAAUCAGCAGAGCGCAUUGUGAAUGAAGAAGUUACGAAAGGGUUUAUGAAAGACAAAGGAAUUGCUCCCGGUCUAGUCAGAAUGCACUUUCAUGACUGCUUUGUUAGAGGUUGUGAUGGAUCCAUUCUCAUUGACUCCAAUUCCUCAAACACAGCCGAGAAGGAUUCAUUUGUAAACAAUCCUAGCCUUCGAGGAUUUGAAAUCAUUGACAAUGCAAAGACUAGACUUGAAACCGAAUGCAAAGGGGUCGUAUCAUGUGCAGACAUUUUAGCUUUUGCAGCCAGAGACAGCGUAGUAAUAACAAAAGGGCCAGUUUAUGAUGUUCCGGCUGGGAGAAGGGAUGGAAGAGUCUCUUUAGCUUCAGAGGUGCUACGAGACAUCCCUGGACCUUCACUAAAUGUCGACCAACUUACACAGAGCUUCGCGAACAGAAAUCUGACACAGGAAGAAAUGGUCACCCUAUCAGGCGCUCAUACAAUUGGCCAGUCUCAUUGCACAUCCAUCAUCAAUAGGCUAUACAAAUUCAAUGGCACAAAUGGGGCAGAUCCUACUCUGGAUUCUAAAUAUGCAGGACAAUUGCAGCAACAGUGCCCGCAAGGAAGCAAGGAUUCUAGCCUAGUCGUUCCAAUGAACCCUGGUAGCCAAUUAGUCACAGAUGUAGGCUACUACCAGGACAUCUUAUCCAACCGCAGCUUGUUUACAUCUGAUCAGACCCUCUUGACAAACUCCAACACAGCUAGUGAGUUGAGUCAGAAUGCAAUGAAUCAGUCAUUGUGGAUGAGAAAGUUUGCAGCAGUAAUGGUUAAGAUGGGUCAGAUAGAUGUUCUUAUUGGCAUGUCUGGUUAAAUCCGGACAAACUGUAGGGUAAUUAAUUAGAAAAGAUUAUUUUAUAUUUUUAUUCUUUGUAAUCAGGAAACUUACUGGUUUGAUAGUAUCAGUAAAUUAUACGGUUUAGCAAUUACUCAAUAAAAUGUGGACACAUUAAUCCAAAUCCGUCAA